AACUCAAGCAAUUUUGCUUGUCCACAAUUAACCGUAAAAAGAAAGCUUUUUUGUUUGAUAUUUCGAGUGAUAAAAUAUAACUUUUAACAAAUCUGUCGCGUACUAUAAUUUCUCGCAUUCUAAAAAACAUGCUUGAUUAAAACUCCUGCACUUCUAAAAAUACUUUACAAGAUGUUUAAAUUAGUGCGCAUCGAUGAUGAAGGUCAUCAAGAAAUUCCGUUGUCGGAUGGUAAGCAAGUAAUAGGACGUGGGAAUUUACUUCAAUGUGACGACAAAAGAGUAUCAAGGAACCAUGCAGAAUUAGAGAUUGUUGACGAUUCAAUAAUUGUGAAGGCUCUGUCUCCAACUUCGUCAGUGCUACCCUUACAUAUUAAUCCAUGUUUCAUAGUAAACAAUAAAAUGGGCGAAGCAAAGAUUAUUAAUCAAAACAUGGUUAUAAAGGUCAACCGGGGUGAUAAAAUUGGGUUUUUAAAUGAUAAAUUUUGGUAUAAUAUUAGUAAAAAUAAUGAAAUAAAUGAUGUAUGCCUUAGUAUAGAAGAUUUUCAACCGUUAAAAGAUAUAAUUAAUAAACACAAAGAUAUAGGGACAUUAAAUUAUAACACAACCAGUGAAGAUUGUAAUAAAAGUGAAAAGGAAUUAACAGAAGAACAGAUAUCAAAUGAAACAGUGAACGAGGAAUACGAUGAUAAAGCGUCAGUCUCACCUUCAAUAUUAACAGAUAAUUUAAAAACACAAGAAUUAAUAUUAAAUAAUGAAUCAAAAGACCAACAGUCAAAUGAAAUAAAGUCAGAGGAACAAUCAGAUGAUGGUCACCAGUCACCGGGAAAACGUUCAUUAAUAAAACAAGAGUUAACCAGCCCAGUAGAUAUAAAGAAAUUAAAGACAGAAGAUAAUGCAGAAGAGAAUCCACAAUCUCCGGCCAGUCAAGCAAGUACAUCAUCCGGAGCAAGUUCAGCGAGUAUAUCAUCUCCAUCCAAAGAACAAAAGCCCAAGCGAGAGAGAUGUAUGUAUGGAGAAAAAUGUUACAGGAAGAACCCACAGCACAAGACGCAGUUCAGUCACCCCGGGGACUCCGAGUGGGGCAGCGGGGCGCAGGCGCCUUGUCCGUGGGGCUACGCCUGCGCUCGUCGCGACCCUCGUCACUGGCGCGAUCACUCACACCCCUACGGCAUGCACCCCCCACCCCCGCAAGGUAUACAAAAAAAGAAAACUCACAUUGUACAAAGGAAUGGCAAAAUCUUCUAUAUAAAUGCUCACUCUGUCAACUUCUACGACGAUCACUUUGAGGCCGAGGACUCUGACGGCGACAGUGUUGAUUAUGAUUAUGAAUUCGAUUGUAGAAGAAAAAAGAGAACAAAGAGAAGUUCCAGUGGGGAAACACCAUUAGAAGAUCUCAUAUUGACAGGGAAGAGAUCUAGAAAGACUAUACAAAGAGAGACAUGGAGUGGCAGUGAGUCGGAGGAAGAAGAUCCAUACGGUACUGAUGAUUCCGACGACUGGCAACCACCAAGUGACGUCUCUGAAACUCAAGACUAUUCCCAGGCCUCGCAGUUAUAGAUAUAUAAUUAAAUAAAAAAAGUU